AGCACUUGGACUCCACCGUGAAGAUCUCGAUAUCUAUCCCCUGAGUUGCAGUACCGAGUUUCGUCGACUCGGCUAUCAUCGGAUAGGAAUGGAAGUGUCGGUGAAAGUGGAGCCCACGUGCGAGGACGAGCUCGGGUCCGACUAUGACGGCCACGGUAAGUGGCAUGUCACAGAGGCUGGGCUGUCCUCGGAUACUGUGUCCGCACUGCCUAAAAAAGAAGCUCUAAUUGCAAUGGAAAAAUCUCAGAAUAUUUUCUACAAUGAAGUUGAAAUGACUGAGAAAACUAUAGACAUCAAAGUAGAAAUAGAACGGGAAGAAGAAAAUGUAGACAAGAAGGAAGCUCUGGAUUUUGAGGACGGUCUAAAGCUCAAGAAAGUGGCACUGGAUGUGAAGACAGAGCCAUUGCCAGACGAGGAGCUGUAUGCGAACUGUGUGGUCAAGGACGAGCUUGUGCUAGGCCCGGAGACAGUGCAGAUGCCUCACAAGGAGCGGCUGAGUGAUAAACCAAGCCUGCCUGUCUGCGACCUGGACACCGCGGAGCAACGCAGAUAUGAGUGUGACAUUUGUGGCAAAGUAUAUCAACGAAAACAUUCCCUGGUUAACCAUAUGAAGCUGCACUUGAAGUACAUGAAUAAGGUUUACCCAUGUAAUGUAUGUAUAAAAGUGUUUUCAAAGUGGAGUGCUUUAAACAUACAUGAACUAUCACACACUGGCGCGAAAAGAUUUUCAUGUGAGACAUGUAAUAAACAGUUCACUCAAAAGAAUUAUUUAAAGACACAUAUACUCACACACACGGGGGAGAGGCCAUACGCCUGUAACGUGUGUCCAAAGCGGUACAGACAAAAAAGUUAUUUAAUUAUACAUAAACGAAAACAUACUGGCGAAACACCAUACUCCUGCGAAUAUUGCGAAAAGAAGUUUAGAGAUUCUGGAAGUUUGAUGUCGCAUAGACGCGUCCACACUGAGAAAAACAACGACGCCGAUAAACCUCACGUCUGCAAAAUAUGUAAAAAGGGGUUUUCGAGAAUAAGUGUUCUAAACAGACAUGAAAAAUUACACACCGGCGCAAAAAACUUUUCAUGUGAGACGUGUAAUAAAAAGUUUACACAAAAAGGCCAUUUACAGGAUCAUAAACUCACGCAUACGGGGGAGAGACCUUACGGCUGUAAUAUGUGUUCAAUGCAGUUCAGAAGGUCAUCUCAAUUAAUUAUACAUAAACGAACACAUACUGGAGAGACACCGUACUCCUGUGAAUAUUGCGAAAAGAAGUUUAGUAGUUCGGGAAAUUUAGUGUCGCACAGACGUAUCCACACCGGGGAAAAAGCGAAAUUUGCCUGCGACAUAUGCAACAAAACGUUUAAGGGCAACUGGGACCUAAUGGUGCACCAACGAGUACACACGGGGGAGAAACCUUUUGUAUGCGAAAUAUGUAAAAAGGCUUAUAAGCAAGUUGCUCACUUAAACACGCAUUCAAAAAUACACACUGGUGAUUGGUCACACUCAUUUCAUUGAUGCAUAAUGGAGUUAACGGCAUUAACUAGUUUAAAAAAAAGACAAAUAAUACUCACAAAGAGAAACCUUUUUUAUGUUAAGUGUGCAACAAGCGAAAUACUCAGUUGGGAGAAACCUUACUGCGGUGAGCUUGUGAGAUAAGCAAAACAAUCUGGGUAUUUGAGUGUGAUGAUAUCCUGUUAUCCCUCAUCAGGGACAUAGGGCUCUCAGAAGGGAUUUCCAUUCUUCGCGGUCCAGCGUGGCCUCUUCCAGCUCCGCCCAGCCGAGGCCAACUGAUGCCGCCUCUUUUUCCACUGUGCGCCUCCAGGUGGUACGUGGGCGACCUUUCGUGGGAAUUUUCCAGGUCAGCCCUUGCUUGGAUAGGUGAUUGUUUGGCCUUCGUAAAACAUGUCCUAUCCAGCGCCAUUUCCGCAGAAGUAUCUCCUUAGCUAAAGGGUUUUUUUUUGAGUGUGCUCAAGAAAUAUAAUACCUAUAUCAAACUGAUUCAUGCAGAAGAUGAUGAGUUUGUGAUGCUGAAAGUGAACACAUUAAGAACUACGCAGGGCGUAUUUUUAUUUUAUGCAAAAGUGCUUGAUUGUGAUUUAUUUUUCUUCCUUCUGAAAGUAAAGUCGAAAAUAGCCAAGUCUGUUUGAUUAUGUUAU